UGGCAGCGGCAAUGAAACAGAAAGGAGGGUUCCUUCUACCAUCCUUAUUCUAAGAAGAGAUGAACAGUGGAGCAUUUCUACUGAGGAGAGGAGGGUGAACCUUGGCCAGUUACCCCACCCAGUCUGGAAUGGUAGCCCUGGCAGAGCCAAGAGGAGGAGACCCGUAGGAUGUGCAGUGCCCAGUUGUUCCAGGAGAGCACCAUAAGGAACCCGCUCAGUGGAAUGGAGAGGAGCUAAGAGAUGAUCCAGAUCUGGACAUCCCACUGAAGGAAAAGCAGCCUGAAGCUUUGAUCUACUACCCAAAGGGUCCAGCUUCCCUGUGAAAAGCUCUUCAGACGUCUGUUCUGCCCGCAGACUCGUGCCUCUUCUGUCAGAGUGGAGAUCCAUGUUCAGGCUGCUUUUCUGCAACUCUCUCAGCUCAGGUGAGGAAAUUGCAAGAAAUCACUCAGUUGUGCCACAAAUAUUACGGAAGACAUCACUUUUCUGAAGAAAGAUUUCCUCCUAUUGAGUUCACCAGCAUGGAGAGUUGCAAUAUUAAUGUCACAGUCAACGUCUCUAGAUGCAGUUCCAGUGCAAUGCCCAUGGAGUGUUACAUGGUACUCAAUGAUUCAGCUCAGACCGUCAUCGCUGUGCUGUGUUGCACCAUUGGGAGCUUCUGCAUCUUGGAGAACACCUUGGUGCUAUACCUCGUAUUUUCUUCUCCCAAGAUCCGGAACAAGCCUUCCUACCUCUUUAUUAGCAGUCUGGCCUUGGCAGAUGCACUUGCCAGCAUUAUAUUUGUCUGCAGCUUUGUUAAUUUCCAUGUUUUCAAACAGAUAGAUUCCUCAAAGGACAUCUUCUUGUUAAAGCUUGGAGGGGUCAACACAUCUUUCACGGCUUCCCUUGGCAGCCUGCUGCUGAUGGCUUUUGAUCGGUACAUCUGUAUCCUUAGGCCAGCACAGUAUAAGGUCCUUGUCACAAGCAGAAGAGCUGUAAUGGCUCUGGUGAUGCUGUGGUUCACAAUCUUGUUCAUUGCUUUCUUGCCAUUGCUGGGAUGGAACUGCUGCAGCCUUGACUCUGCCUGCUCUGAGCUCUUUCCUUUCAUUGACAACAGGUAUCUCUCAAGCUGGAUUGCCUUGGUGGCGGUCCUUCUCGCAUCUAUUGUAUACGCCUACAUGCACAUUCUUUGGAAGGCCCGAAAGCAUGCAUUGUACAUGGAAAAGCAUCAUCCCCAAACUGGCCAACAAAACACAAAGAUGAGAAUAGACAUAACGCUUGCCAAGACCUUAGUAAUUGUCCUGGUGGUUCUCGUGAUGUGCUGGUCACCAUCUUUAGCUCUCAUGACCUACAGCAUCUUUGAAAAACUGGACAGCUCUGUUAAGAAGGUGUUUGCCUUCUGUAGUACCCUUUGUCUGGUGAACUGUAUGGUGAACCCUGCUAUCUACGCCUUACGAAGCAGGGAGCUGUGCUCCUCUCUGAAGAGAGUCUGCUCCUGUUUUGGAAGGAUGUCGGGCAACUUGGAGAGCAAUCCAGAAGCCGAGAGCACUCAGAAGUCCUGCCCAGUUGAAACCAUUUGCAAUGAAAUUGUUACCAUACAGAGGCAGGAUUGUUGAAAGUGCGUGCUCCAAAUGGUGACAAAAUAUAUUGAAC